AGCCAUGGGGUACAAGGUCGCUAGCGCGUCGGAGUACCUUGCGAUCACAGGGUACGGCAUCGACGACAUCAAGCUCGCGAAGAAGUCGUGGAUCUUCCCGGGGCAGUCAUGCACCGUGUUCGACGUAUCUCCGGAGAACUACACUUUCGAGGUGCAGGCCAUGAGUGCCGAGAAGCUCCCCUUCGUUCUCCCUGCAGUUUUCACAAUCGGACCUCAGGUGGACGACGAGGAAGCCCUCCUCCGCUACGCACGCCUCAUCUCUCCCCAUGACAAGAAUUCGAAUCAUGUUCAUGAGCUGGUUCAGGGAAUCAUCGAGGGGGAGACCAGGGUUUUGGCCGCAACCAUGACCAUGGAGGAGAUCUUUAAGGGCACCAAGCAGUUCAAACAAGAAGUCUUUGAGAAGGUGCAGCUGGAGCUCAAUCAGUUUGGCCUCCUCAUCUACAAUGCCAAUGUUAAGCAGCUCGUUGACGUCCCCGGCCAUGAAUACUUCUCCUACCUCGGCCAAAAAACACAGAUGGAGGCUGCCAACCAAGCACGCAUCGAUGUUUCUGAGGCAAAGAUGAAGGGAGAAAUCGGUGCAAAGCUCCGCGACGGCCAAACCCUCCAAAAUGCGUCAAAAAUUGACGCUGAGACCAAAAUAUACUCGACUCAGAGGCAAGGAGAGGGCCAAAAGGAAGAAAUUCGGGUCAAGACUGAUGUCAAGAUCUUUCAGAAUGAGCGUGAGGCCGAGGUGGCGGAAGCAAACUCAAUGCUUGCAUCCAAGAAGGCCGACUGGGCCCGACAGGCACAAGUGGCGGAGGUCGAGGCCAACAAGGCAGUUGCAAUACGAGAGGCAGAGCUGCAAAUGGAGCUCGAGAAGCGCAACGCGAUGACACAAACAGAGAAGAUGAAGGCCGAGAUGCUUAGCAAAGCAGCGGUAGCUUACGAGACUAAAGUGCAAGAGGCCAACGCCAAAUUCUAUGAGCGUCAAAGAGUACUCGAUGCCGGAUUGUACGAGAGGGAGAAAGAGGCUGAAGGGUGCAAGGCAGCUGCAGAUGCAGCUUUGUACACGCGACAGCAAGAGGCCGAGGCUGAGCUAUACACGAAGAAGAAGGAAUCAGAGGGGCUCAUGGCUUUGGCAGAUGCACAAUCCUAUCAAGUGAAGCGAUUGCUCGAAGCUCUAGGAGGGGACUACAGAGCACUAAGAGAUUACAUGAUGUUAAACAUGGGGGUGUACCAAGAGAUGGCAAGGAUCAAUGCAGAGGCUAUACAGGGGCUCGCCCCCAAGAUCAGCUUGUGGACCACGACGGGCAAUGGCGAUGGCCCGGGCACAGGCGGUGGUGCACCAGCCAUGCAACAGGUGGCAGGGGUUUAUAGGAUGUUGCCACCACUCUUAACCACAGUUCAUGAGCAGACUGGCAUGCUUCCUCCAUCAUGGUUGGGCUCACUCCCUGAAAGGGAGUAGCCUCUUUUUAAUGCUUUUUGUUUGCAGGCUCGCUAUAUCUCAAGU